AUGAGUUAUCACAAUGAAUAUUAUGACCCAAUAUCAACUGUACAAUUAAGCCCAUUUGUCGAAGAGCAAUGGCAUCGCAUCGAUACUUAUUCAGCGACAUCGGUCGACUGGGCAGAUAUGUCCGCGAACGGUGCACAGCGAACUUUUAGACCGACAUCUGGGAAACUGAACACGAUCGAUCAAGUUGAUUUGAAUACUUUGAAAUUAGAUGAUGAAAUUUUACUGAAUGAACUUCACGAUAUUCGAAGAGGAUCUGCAUUACUUGCGAAAGCUAAGCAAGCUGCUCGGGGAGUAAAAGAUUCUCAAAGUGAAAAACUACCAGAUGAUCGUCAAAAUACGCCAAGUCUAUUGAAUCCGCCAGAAAUACGAUUAAAACAAACACAAACUGAACCAUCAUUUGUUCGCCAACAACAACAAAAUACUAGUGCCAGUCGUCCUUUAUCGUCUAGCAAGACUUUUUCAUUUUCAUCACAUCCAAUUCAAAGGUUUCCUUCAAUGAAUUUCGGUCUAAAAUCUCAGCCAUCGUUAGCCGCUCAACUUCGUCAAUCUGCUAUCACUCGUCAGAAUGUACUCUUAGCUACAAACGAUCUACGUCCUUCAACUCCCGCAUCUAGUCCCACACCCAAACGACAUAACACUAGUGCACAUUCUGGUCGUCACUGUCAUCAACAACAGUAUCAAGAAUUACCGAUGAAAUACGAAGUCAAUUCUAUUUGUAGUAACGAUGAACUGUCCAACGACGAGCUACCACUUUCGUUAAGACGACCACGUGCUAAGAGUGCAUACAGUAGUCGUUCGACUGUACAUUUGUUGAAAGCGAAAAAUGAUCGUAUACGACAACAGCAUCACAUUGAAUUGAAAUCUCUUUUAAUCAAACCAUGGAAGACAGCGUCAUGGAAUGAUGUAGCACUGGAAACUUCUAUUCCGAAUUCGUUGGAUAUGAUGCAUCGUAUGUGUGGACCAGCAACGCCGUUUGAACGAAUCUUGAGACAAGAUUUUCGAAAACGACUAAAUCUCUAUCGACAUAAUUCGGUUAAAUAA